GUGGGGGGAAGGGUAGGAGGCGAGGGUUAGAGGCCAACCGUGAGGCUCGAACCCCGGUCGUGGUCGGUUGGAGCCACUAUGUCUGCCCGGAGGCACAUUGGGAACCCCGAGUAUCUGACCAGAAGGAUACCACAGAACCCAAGGUAUCAGCAUGUCAAGUCAAGACUGGAUACUGGUAACAGUAUGACAAAAUACAUUGAGAAGCUAGAAGAGAUCAAAAAAAAUUACAGAUACAAAAAAGAUGAGCUUUUCAAGAGACUAAAAGUUACCACUUUUGCCCAGCUGGUCAUCCAAGUUGCUUCCCUAUCUGAUCAGACACUGGAAGUGACAGCUGAGGAGAUUCAAAGGCUCGAAGACAAUGAUUCUGCAACUUCAGAGCCUGAUGCUGAAGCUGCCACCAAGACCAACGGGAAAGGAAGCCCCGGGGAGCAGUCCCCCAGCCCUAUCCAAUUCAUCAACAGUAUGGGAGCAGGGGACUCCAGUCGCUCCACUCUCCAGAGCGUCAUCAGUGGUGUUGGAGAACUGGAUGUAGACAAAGGGCUAGUGAAGAGAGAAGAGCCCAGCGAGAAAGACAAGCCUUACCCCGACUGCCCCUUCCUGCUGCUAGAUGUGCGUGAUAGAGAUUCCUACCAGCAAUGCCACAUUGUCGGAGCUUACAGUUACCCAGUCGCGACCUUGUCCAGGACCAUGAACCCCUACUCAAGUGACAUUCUCGACUAUAAAAAUGCCCACGGCAAGAUUAUCAUUCUAUACGACGAUGACGAGCGGCUGGCCAGCCAGGCGGCCACUACCAUGUGUGAGCGGGGGUUUGAAAACCUCUUCAUGCUUUCUGGAGGUCUGAAAGUCUUAGCUCAGAAGUUCCCAGAAGGGCUGGUUACUGGUUCCCUGCCAGCCUCUUGCCAGCAGGCCCUUCCUCCCGGUUCUGCCCGGAAACGAUCCAGCCCCAAAGUGCCAACGCUGCCAGCUGAGAACAAGUGGAGACUUACCCCAGAAGACUUAAAAAAGAUUGAACAUUAUCUGGAAGGGGACCAGAGCCUCACAGAUAAUCCUGGCCGACCAAACCAAAGUAACUCUUCCAGAAGAGAUUCCAAGGUGCCGAAUGCCCGCAGCAGUCAGAACCUGCCCACCGGCGGCCCCGUCAGCCACUCGAACCCCCGUGUGCUCAACAGUGGCCACCUGCAAGGCAAACCCUGGAAGUAAAGACUGUGACUCGUUAGUCAAAUAAAUGUCUCCUCUCCUUUUGGAACCCCUGAGCAUUCCCACAUCAGUCAUUUUCAGGAAGUACUGCAGAGCAAAGGCUGAAGCACGUGGCUAGGCUAGGCCCCCUUUCCUCUCGAGGUCUGCAGCUCUCUCCUUUCAUCAGCUCAGGAAGGAUUUUUGACAGAUGACCACAGGAACCAGAGGGUGACAGGCUCGAGUGCCCUCCUCAUUAUUUAAGUCUUUCGAAAUUGAGUAGGAAAAAAAAAAAGAGUCCCAUAUUAGCAAUAAUAACAACAAUGGGUCCAGCUUGUUUGGUCUAUAACCUGUGUUUUGUAAAUACUACAGUCACAUCUGCUGGUAUGUUCUUCCCACUACAACUUCAUGGAAGAUUCUCCAAGUGGCCUGGGGCAUGGGCUGCUGUCUGCUGUCCCCAUGGAUCUUGGUUCCUGGAGUCCACAGGUUCCACCCCAGCCACAAAGGUGGCUAGCUGAGUCAUGCUAAGGCAAAACACUACAAGCUCAGUUAGGAGUUUAAGGCCUGUGAGUAUGGCUCGAUUUGACAAUUUACUAGAGAAGUUCUAUAUUUACUGAAUGCUCUCCCUCAUUAAAUGAUUUCUGGACCAGAAAGGUGUGCUCUCAGCUGUCUUCACACCAGGAGGGCUUGAUUCAGGAAGACAGAACCCCUGCCAUCUUUCAGACCUAUGCCGAGAGCUCUUGAGGCCCACCACAGCUGCCCCUCCAUUCGGUGAUCCAUAUAUCAAUUAAAAUUUUCCAUUGCCCUACUUGAGUCCAGCUGUGUUAGCUGGGUAGAAAUCGUGCUCACUUGAAAGCGCUAGCGUCACUCAGGCAAUGGGACACACAAGGUGAGGAGGACUCCAGAGUCCUUUGUCCAGGCUGACAGCCCCUUAAGCCCUUGCUUAAAAAUACAGUAUUAGUCUAAUUGAGUAAUUAGUGCAAUUUCCUGCUUACUUUUCAUUCUCAUGACUGAGCUGUGAUUAGGAGGUUGUGAUUAUAGAUUCUGGUUUUGGCCGGAAUUUUGAAUCAGCAUUAAUUGAAUUGCUAAAUGACUGACAUUCAUUCUAUUUAAUUGGGGGAACAAAAGACCUCAGGUAAGGAUGAGGAACUAUGAAAUGAUAGGGAAAAGGACAAGAGCCUUGUUAAUUUUUAUGGCCUGUGAUAAGGGACUGAGGAAUAAAUUGUGCUCUUUGUCAUGGCAACCAGCUUCUGAAAGCCAGCUGAAAAUUGCCUAUCCAUAGGUGGUUCCUGCUGCUGGGCGAGAUUUGCCUUAACAGUACUAUUUUCUCACCACCAGAAAAAAAAAAAAAAACGAAAAGAAAAGAAAAAAAAAACAAAACCACAGUAUUUCUAGCAUGGGGGCUGUGUUUGUAAGGAAAUAAAAGUAAUAAAUAUCUCAUGGAGACAUAUGGAAAAAUAACUCAAGAUUCAACCCAGCUCCGUUUCAGAAUGUGUUUAUUCUUCUCUACUUGAUUUCCAAAGUGCAACAUUUUCCAAUGCUUUAGAAAUCAAACAAACCAAGGACAUUGUUCAGAUGUCAAGCCGUGCCCAAUUUUCCACAAGAUUCAAGAAUCUUGUAUAAAAUUCAGCCAACGUACACAUAGCUUUAAUGAGGAGCCUGUCAUGUUUCCCCAUAAAUUUAUUGCCUGAGAACUUAGUUCAGCCUUUUGCUAAUGCCAAAAUGCUCAGGUUUUUUAUUUUCUUUACAGCAUAGAUAGAAAAAUGCAUUUUUUUUCCACACUUAACUUUCCCCUAGCAUGGAUAAGAUUUUCAGCCCUCUUUAACACAAACACGUUUUUAAGGAAAAAUAUUUUUCUCUAGCAAAGUUCUGGUUUUGCCAUUUUAAAAUUGGCUAGUCAGGAGAUUAGGCUUCUCUACUCAAUUCUAGUUUGAAAGUAAAGGGCAGCCUCCCCUCACCGUUCUUGUUCCACACGCCCACCGUCAGAUAAUAGGGUUAGAAGCUUGCACGGAUGUGGACAGUCAACUUGGCCAAGCCUGUAAGCACCAUUGCUGGGUGUUUACCGACAUGAACUAGCGGGUUGAAUACAUUGAUGUGUAUUGAUUUCUCCAUAGCGUUUUGUCCUGAUGGAAGAGAUUUUGCAAUUUCGGAAGACCUGUUCUGGUUCUGCGCCUGGUGCUGCUUGCAGACAUUUCUUUUUUCUUUCAUGCUCAAAGUAUUGCUCUUUAACAUUCUACUUCACUCGUUUCUUCGUUAGAUUAUUUGACAUGUAUUAUUUAAGUGAUCAGUGAUACUCGGUGCGAUUAUGAACGUUGAAGAUUAAAGAGCAUAGUUACUAA